AUGCCGCCCUUUCGAAUAUCAGCAUUUGGCCAACCAUUCCGGCGGUUCGCGAGCACGGGCGCCGGCAGCGUUGGUCGGCAAGGCGGGGCAAGCGCCGGCGGUGGAGGGGGAGGAGGAAGAGAAGCCCGGGACACCAUCUUCCUGCACCGACCGCUGCGGCUCAUCAUCUUCACAACCAAGUACCUAGCCUUCACGCACUUGUUCCUCGAGUACGGGUUCUGGCCGUCGCCGGCUUCGGGCCCGUCGAUGCUGCCGACCUUUGAGGUUAUGGGCGAGUGGGUGCUGGUGUCCAAGUGGCACCGGCUCGGGCGCGGCGUGUCGGUGGGCGAUGUGGUUGCCUACAACAUCCCCAUAAACGACGAGGUGGGCGUCAAGCGCGUCAUUGGCCUGCCGGGCGACUACGUGCUAGUCAACUCGCCCGAGAGCGCGAGUGACGCCAUGAUCCAAGUACCACAAGGCCACUGCUGGGUCAUAGGGGACAACUUGCCCGCAUCGCGAGACUCGCGCCUGUUCGGGCCCGUACCCCUGGCUUUGAUCAGGGGCAAGAUUAUCGCCCGGGCCAAACCGAACUGGGACUUCCAAUGGGUGCGAAACCCACUGCGAAGUCCAGACCAGCCAUCCGAUGCAUGA